GCUAUUGCCGACUCCCAGACACAACUUGAGGAGGAUCCGCUAUGGAUGGAAAGCUUGAGCUGAACCCCAGGGAAAGACCACGCAAGUGGUCUCUGAAGCGGCUGACCGCGUCCAUCUUUGCCAUCGUUUGCGCGACACUGUAUGCUCUCGAUCGACGCGUGGUCAUUAGCAUCGUAUCUAAGCACACAACGAGCGUCACGCCCACUCAAUACAAGAAAUGCCAACCACCGCUACCGACUCUUCUUGCCGGCCGUCCUCCGACACCAGAUUCGCCUCGGUUUAAGACCGCAAUCGCCUCACUAGAUUCGUUUCUCACUACUCGUGCCGCUGCUUCCGAUAUCGACAGUCUCUCUGUUUCGGUUGUUACCCCAGCCGGACCAUUGUUCGAGCGAGGGUAUGGACUGCUGAAGGCAAACGAUACGACUAGCACGGAGACUGUCACAAGAGAUUCUGCCUACCGAAUCGCAAGUAUCUCCAAGAUGUUCACUGUGUUCGAGACCCUCAUCCUCCGUGAUAUGGGGAUGUUGAAUUGGUUUUUGCUUCCUGCCGCGUUCCAAAUUACAGUCUCCCUGACGAGUUUCACGUAUAGGGAUGAUCCAGUCGCCAAAUUUCUCCCGAAUUUCACCCAUCCUAAGGAGGGCUGGUCCUCUUAUCUGCAGGGCGAAUACUCCGCGGACAAAUCUCCAAUCACACUGAGGCAGCUCGCGACCCACAUGUCAGGAUUGGGCAGAGAUUAUCCUCCUGAGAACUUCGGAGAUUUAUGGCCUCUUCCGCUGGAUGAGGUUGAGCGGGACGAUGGAAAAGCCGGACGGACGGGAACAGCUGAAGCACUCUUGGAGGCUGCCAUGCAUUAUCCUCUGGUCGCGCCUCAAUAUACGUUCCCUGUCUACUCCAACACCGGCUUCGAUCUUCUUGGGCUCUGCAACGUCGCUGCUUUUGAGAUGGUAACAGGGCGCGUGAAUGUUACCCAUCACGAGCUGCUCGACGAGCACAUUUUCCAACCACUGGGCUUGACGAGCAGCUUUUAUCGGAUCGCAAACGCGAGCAUCGCUACCCGUGUAGCGAUACCGUCUUCUGACUUCGAAUGGGCGGAUAUGACUUAUUCACCUGCAUACGAACCCUCCGGUGGGCAAUUCAGCUCCUUGGCGGAUCUUGGAAUCGUACUGCGAUCCUUCCUCUCUCCGAAUGGCGAAGGAAUUCUCAGUCCAUACGUUAUGAGAGAAUGGCUGCGACCACUGCAUGCUUGGAGCGAUGGUUUCCAGGAAGUAGGAGCGCCCUGGGAGAUCGCCAAAUUACCAGGCACAGAGGAGCGUGCUUAUGCAAAAGGCGGGAAUCUCCCGGGUUACCACUCUCAGUUUGUGGUCGUUCCUCAAUGGUCCUACGGUGUCGUCGUCCUCGUCACCGGGGAGUAUGCUGAUACGACUUCCCUGGCCCGGACGACCAUGGAGCUCUUCCAACCGGCAUUCGACGCUCUCUUGCUGACCGAGGUGACCGCGGCGUACACUGGAAUCUGGGUCGGAGACGGCAGUGUUGCAAUCGUACUCCUGAAGGAUGGAGUGCUGUAUCUCGAGAGCUUGAUUGUGCGUGGCAAAGAUGUCCUCGAAAUUCUGCAGCGCGCGAAGCCCGGAGAAAAGUAGACCUGUAGCUUUGUGGUCUGCCGGAAGACCCGAUGAGUUUAGAUUGGCCCUCGGUCGACCAUAUCUGAACGAUAAUGCUGAUGCAGGCUGCGAGCCCUAUUGGUUAGCUUGGAUCCACCAUGGCCAAUGGUGCACUGUGGAUGUCAUUUUCUGGGAGGGUUCCGAGUUGGUGUAUCCUUCUGCGAAAGUCCGUCUUGAAAGAAUCGGUUGAACAUAUUACACCACAACGUACAAUACUAAUCUGCAUCGACAACCAUACCACCCCGGCCCCUCCGAAUGCGGUCUUCCAAUCCGAUGGAGCCGCCGAAAACUUUCUUCUGCUCUUUGCUAAGGAAGUUGCCCAUACCCUGCGACUUGCGGCGGUCUUCUUCGUCACGAGCUAGAUCAGCCUUUUCUUCUCCAAGAGCAUGGCAAGCCGUUGUUGACGUUCGGCACUCAUGGUGUUUGCGUCAGACGACAUAGCAGCAAGCCGUGCAGCUCGUGCAGCGGCAGCCUCUCGGCCAUAGUGCCCCCAUCCGAAGGCUGAGACGGUGGUGGGCUCAUGCGUGGACGCUUUGGUUCAGGCUGUCGGCGAUCGUCGCGACGCCGAGGACUUGGGCUGCGAGCACGCUUGUGACCUCGCUCAGGGCUUCGGCUGCGAGAGCAGACUCCUCGGAUUCGUCAGAACGCGGCCAAGUUCGAACGUGAGGGUCGCGAGACCGAGCCCGCGAGUCCCGCACAGGGCUUUCCCGGCGGUGUCGAUAAGGCGAGGGGGCUGCGGCGCUGUGAUAGUCACUAUGUCUGCGCGGCGGAGAGCGGGAACGAGAGUAAUCAGGGGGAGCGCCGCGAGUGAUAACGGUCUCGCGACACGGAGCGUUGGCGUCGCUCGUAGUCCCCGAGGACUGGCUGAACGGUCCCUUCGCUGUCUACGUUCUGCCUUAACCUCCUUCGCUCUUCCUUCUCAAGCUUCUUCGCACUCUUGUCUUUCUUCGGUUUGAUGCCAUUGCGCUCUUGCAUUUCACGCAAGCGAAGAGGGUGGCCAUGAGCGCUUCGUAGGAAGCCUGUUCCUGCUGCUUGAUUGCGAGAAGAGGGUCUUCACGAAUCUUUGAAGCGGUAUCGCGGACGUUGUUGGCAUUCUGAACAGCAAUGAAGUUCUUAUGCGAGGCUCCAAGCUGAAAGUGACUCAGAAAAAUAUCAAACGGACAAGGCAGUCCGCACCUUGGCAUUCUCAUCAGCAGUAAGAAUCUGUCCACUCGCUUCUUUCCAAGAAGAUAGUCCUCAAGCUCGUUUGCGUUCUGACUUGAUCCCGUCGCGGGGGUUGCAUACAUCCACUCCAACUUUUCAGUUCGUUUCCGACCGUUUGUUCUCUUGUAGACGUUGCAGCUACUGCAUCUGGCGUUCCUCUUCUUUCUCCUUGCGCAGCUGGUCGAGUUUCUUAUUCUCCUCGAGCUAAGAACGUACAUCAGUUGCCCAGUGAGUCAGACAUCGCACAGUAUAACACACCGCUUCUUCUCCUCCAACCACACCCGAGCCUGAUUCUUCAACAGGAGCGAUGCCACGACUUCUUCAUGUGAGAUCUCCUCCACCCAUUGAAUGGUAUUUCGGAGAAAAACUUGUAGAGGUUGGGGGGAGGUCACCGAAGGACGAUGGUGGUGGGAGACAAUAUGCAGCCACACAAGAAAACAACAUCACCGCCGCAGUCUAACCUGUGGAAGAAUGAACACUGGCAGCAGCCAUGGACCUUGAACGCGGCGAACGGGAUGAAUUACAUCGCGCGGGCCCGAGCCUACACGUUCCAUCUAUGCCCUCACGCGCAGCGAAAUCACGCGAGGUGGGCCAACCGCUUUGUCCACUCAAGGACCUAAUUUUCUUGUAUCUCGGAAUGGCGGCGCUUUCAGUCACGACAGUCGUUCUUAGCCUGACGGAUGGAUGUCCGGUCUUGCGUUCUAUAUUCUCGAAUUCAUCAUCAAUACCUCCAUGAUCCUCGAAGUAGGCAUUCGAUUCGUCCGCAUUCGGGAGGCAAUUCUGGAAUUCCCCGUUCAAUGUGGUCGAUCUCAUCUUGACCGUGUUCUGUGCCCUGACGACUAAUCAUUCUCCGCAUUUGCCAAAGUUGGUGCCGUUAGCAAGGAGGAGGAGUUGCUGGAGACUUUCCUGUUAUUGCCGGAAAGUUCUUCAGUUUGGCAGCUCGCCGCGGUGAUGCGACAGUGCG